GCCACAGAAAUGUGGAAUGCCAAUCUGGUGUGGCAUGAUGUGUCAAUACAAAGGAUGCGCCUCGCUUCUGUCCCUCCUCCCCCUCUAAGCGAGUCACCAUCACCUGACCCCGGGAUCUUCUGUUUCAACAUCCCCCCGUCACUGUGGAGAGACGUCGCGCUAUCUAUUUUCCCGAGAUGACAUAAUUAUACUCCUCCAGCCUUGUCAACAACCGCCUGUUGCCCGCUGCACGGUAGUAUCGAUUUGCUAAGCACGCCUCAUGGUCCUGAGCUUGCGGUCGAGGAGGAGGUCCACCGCCUGACACCUGAACCUCUUGCAGAGCCGUAUGCGUUCUGCUAUUCGUGCCUUGUUCAAAAGCUGUUCGUCGCGAUCGAUCCCUAGGAGGCAGCCGCGAGAUUCCGUCAUAAUGUCAGACCGGACAAUUUGGAGUCUAGGCCGGGCAGCAGCGAAGCGUUGUCUCAGUGUCGCGUGCACCAACCAUAUCCUCCAUCCUGCCAACCUCCCUACCCUCCAUCCCUCAAUACUUCUGAUACCGGUUCUUGGGCAUCACCCCACUGCCCGCCUUCUUCACCUUCAUCAUGCCGGUGGAGAAGAUGGACGCGAAGUCGUAGUCGUACAUCAUCACGACGUACACCAUCACGCAGAUGGCCAGGACGGGCAAGACGACCAUUUUGAGGUCGAAGUCGUCCAGCUCGGCGGGCACGGCGCCGACCAUCUUCAAGGUCUUUUUGUUGUCCUCCGCUUCCACCACUUCCUGCUUGUCGGCGCUCUUGGCUAGCUGGCCUUUCUUGCGGUCGCGGAGAGUGUUGGAUGACAUGGUGAGGAGCGGCGCGGUCGGUGAGGGGAUGGGAGUUGUUGGGCGAAGACGCAAGAGAUGCGAUGGAAGGGAAACUCAUGUUGCGUUGUACUUCGCUGUUGCGCUAGCUUCGAGAUUGCUUGGCGCAUUGGAAUCCGGGGGAUUCUCGGCGUUAUCUGCAACGGUCACUCGCAACGACCACGACGUCUCAUU